AUGCUUAUACGGGUCCUCAGUCAGACGUUUUCUCUUCAGAACAAGGCUAGCAUAGUCAUAUGUGUUAUGGCCUGGUUGCUGAUGAUUGCAAUAAAGAUAUGCAAUGGUAUAGUCCUUUUGGGCAAGGCUUGCGCUCAUGUUAUGAGGUAUAAGGAUUUACAGGCUCGUGCUGAAUACGACCUCUAUCGUAAGCGAAUGGUCGAAAAGAAGAGCAAGAGUGCUCCAAAUUCACCUCGUAUUAGCCUGAUCGACUUCUCA